UAAUUUGGAUAGUCGUCUACAAAAAUUAUCUAUCAUUAUUCUAAUUUGGAUAAUGAAUUAGGGAAUUCGUGACGUAUAAAGGUGAGCUCUGAACUUGAAGAGAGUCGUAUAAUUUGAUCACCCAAACUCUCUCUACAGCGUCUUCUCCGAUUCCAUAGAUGGAACAAUCACUAUCUUUUAUCACUUACAAAGGUUCCAUACCAGCUGCGAUUGCUGAAGCCAAGAAGCAGAGGAAACUUUUUGUUGUUUUCAUUUCAGGUGAAGAUGCUGAGUCAAACUGUUUGGAAAAAUCUUCAUGGACUGAUUCAAAGGUGGUAGAGUCAGUACUUAAGUAUUGUAUUCUAUUGCAUCUCUCUGAAGGAAGUAAGGAUGCUGUACAGUUUUCUGCAAUAUACCCACAUAAAUCUAUUCCUUGUGUAAUAGCUGUUGGAUACAAUGGCGUGCAAGUUUGGCAAAAUGAGGGCUUUGUGAGUGCUGAAGUCCUAGCAUCCAGUUUAGAGAAAGCAUGGUUGAGUCUUCAUAUACAGGAUACAACUGCUGCAGUCCUUAGUGCAGCUCUUGCUAUCAAGGCAUCAGAACCAUCAAGUUCUAGGGUUGCUAGUACUGCAUCUUCUGAUCAAGGAAGUUCAAAUUUAGGUGUUCAAUCACCUUUAACAGACAAAAGUAAAUCACCAGAUUCUAUAACAAAGGUUGACUCUGACAAUAAAAAGGAAGAUCAAAUUCAUCAGUGCACUGUUGAGGAGAAAAGUUGUGAAUUGGGAGAUGCCACAUCUUCAGAGUUUCGAGAAGCUAAUAAAACGGCAUGUGCAGAUGAUGAAAAGUGCAUCUCGACCAUUAAAGUUGACAAAGAAUUACAUUGUCGUACUGUAGCUGACCUGGAUAAUACUGCAGCUGAUCAUUCUUCUACAAGAGUUAUAGCUAAAUCUCUUGAGCUGAAAAAAGUUACUGGUAAGGAUUUAGAUGUUUCAGAUGGCGGCUCAAAAUCACUUAAAGUUAGUGAAGUUGAGCAAGAUGAAAAGGAAAAAGCUGUCGAUGGUAAGAAGGCUACCCAGGUUGAUAGCUGUGCUAAAGUCAACAAGAUGAAUGAUGUAUAUUUAAACAUUCACAUGCCCAAUGGUGGUAACUUGCAAGGCAAGUUCUCUGUAUCAAGCACUAUGAGAAUGGUAAAAGAGUAUGUUGAUGAAAAUCAAGAUAGCAUCAUUGGCUCUUUUGAUCUUGCCACUCCUUAUCCACGCAAGGUGUACAGUGGCCAAGAUUUAAGCAAAACCUUGUCAGAUUUGGGCCUGUUUGAUAGACAGGCAUUGAUUGUGGUUCCUCAUCAACGAGUGACUGAUCAACCAAUUUCAAGGAAUAUUGUUGAGUCUUCAAAUGAGAGUACCGAUGGUUAUUUCGCUUAUGCGAAAAGAAUGCUUUCUUUCAUAAAUCCCUUCUCCUACCUUGGUGGUGGUUCUAGCUCUACAAACUCUGGACACCAAUCUCAACCUGGCAUGUGGGAAUACAGUCCAGUUCAGAACGACGUCAACCAAGAACAAAGGCCUCGCUCAGCCUCUCCUCAAAGCAUUUCUGCAGGCAUCAGAAAUGAUAGUAAAAAGGGGCAGCUGAAGACAUCCCGUUUUGGCAGCAAUAUUCACACUUUGAAGCAUGACGAAGAUGAUGAACGGUUCAACGACCGAAAUUCUUUCUGGAAUGGUAACUCUACACAAUAUGGGGGUAAUGACAAUGGAAAGUAACUGAUAUUGAGCUCUUAUUUGAUUGGCCACCCCAGCUUCUUCACGUCUACUUUCAACUAAAUCCGAAACUGACUGUAGAGGAAUUACCAAUGAAGAUAAAUUGCGCAAAGUUGUAUUUUUUUUUAGAUAAUAUGGAGUCAAAAUAAGAAUGUCAAUGUUUAAUUAUAUAAUAUACUUUGUUUAAACGUUGUUCGUAAUUAAUACCAUCUGUUAUUGCAGAAGUUUUUUCUUCUUUA